CGCCCGCCUCAAAAACAAAAAGUUGAACGUUGAAGCGGCGACCUGAGUCUCGCGCUGAGACAACGACGCGAUCGAUUAUACGUUUUGUUAUCGAUUAUUGACGACGUGCGUGAUAAUUAUAACCGAACGAAUUCGUCCCGUACUUCCGUUAACGGCUCAACGUGGAAGUAAAAAAGCCGCGAAGAAGACAAACAACCGGAAUCACUGACGUCAUGUUAGCUAAAUGCUAAAAAAAAAAAAAAAAAGCUAAAAGCGUUAGGUAGCUUCGUAAAACCGUUACAUUCACGUUAAAUUGUUUUGUUCCUUCUAAAUAACUAUUUUCUGGAUUAACUUCCACUUUAAAUGGAUGAGCACAAGGAGAACAUUCACACCGAGGACGUCAACUUGAAGAUGUCGAACACGAGAGAAGAAGAGAAGGUGACGCCUUGCAGCAGGAUCUGUUCCGAUGAGGAAUCUGCUCCUCAGGCGUCCCCGUCCAACAGUGACUUCAGCCACCCGGUGUACAAGGAGAUCGCGAUGGCUAACGGACACAUCAACCGCAUGACCAAGGACGAGCUUCGGAUCAAGUUAGCCGGGCUGCAGCUCGACACGCGAGGCGUGAAGGACGUGAUGAAGAAGAGGUUGAAGAGCUACUACAAGAAGCAGAAGCUGCUGCUGUCCGCCGCUGCCGAGGGGGGGCCCACGGACACCUUCUACGACUACAUCUGCGUGGUGGACUUUGAAGCGACGUGCGAAGAGGAUAAUCCUUCCGACUUCCAUCACGAAAUCAUCGAGUUCCCGAUGGUUCUCGUCAACACGCACACCCUGGAAAUUGUGGACUCCUUUCAGGAAUAUGUGAAGCCAGAGUUGAACCCAGAGCUUUCAGACUUCUGCGUGAAGUUAACGGGGAUUACGCAGAAAAUGGUGGAUGAAGCAGACGUGUUUCCAGAAGUCCUCCAGCGGGUCGUCGCUUGGCUUCAGGAGAGGGAGCUCGGGACAAAGUACAAAUACGCCAUCCUCACUGACGGGGCUUGGGACAUGAGCAAGUUCCUCAACAUCCAGUGCCGACUCAGCCGGAUCCGGUAUCCUCACUUUGCAAAGAAGUGGAUCAACAUCAGGAAAUCAUACGGGAACUUCUACAAGGUUCCGCGCACACAGACCAAGCUGAGCACCAUGCUGGAGAAGUUGGGUCUGAAGUACGAAGGCCGCCCUCACUCUGGGCUCGACGAUUCACGCAACAUCGCCCGGAUAGCUCUGCGCAUGCUGCAGGACGGCUGUCAGCUGCGCGCCAACGAACGCAUGCACGCCGGCCAGCUGCUCUCCGUCCCCAGCUCCGCCCCCUUGGAGGGAGCCCCUGCACCACACAACCCCCGGAGCAGAGACUAGACCCGGGAACCGAGGCCAGUCUUACAGGACUAGACCCGGGAACCGAGGCUAGUCCCUCAAGACUGGUCCCAGGAACCAAACUUGUCCUACAGGACGUCUCAUCUUUUAACCCCUGUGAGUUAGAUUAAAAAAAUAAAAUAAAAAAAUAAAAUCCAAAGCACUUUUAUAGUCUUAACGUCAAGUUGUACGUUUUGUUUUGGAGCUUAGACGCUGUAGUUAAUAAAGGUUCUAAAUGAGGCCAAACUUUUGACUUAAGAUUCUCGUGUGAGGUUUCCUCUCUGACCACGGCUCCAUAUAUUUUUACACCAGAUGUCUAAAAACGGAGAUCACACCAGUGCGUCGUGGGAGGAUUUUCCCAUUUUUUUAUUUUCUUUUAAACCUCCCUGGUCUUUUUUUUUUUUUUUUUUUUUUUUGAUUAUAAUACAAAAAUGUAAUUGUCCCGCGACGAUGUGAAUUUAUUUUUAUUUCAACUCUUUGAAAACACUGACUAGUUGUGAUUUUUGUUGCAGUAAGUCUCUCAAUGUCAGUUUUAGCCUUUUAAAAACCCCACAUCUGUCUCUCCAUUGUGCAAAUACUAAACUCUACGUGUGUUGCUGCUGCUAUUGAAGUGUUUGAAGUGCCACAUAAUAACAGCCAUAACCUCACACUGCUGUUCAAAUUUAACCGAUGAACAAGUCUGUGUGCUGUAAGAGGUCGGCCUGUGUUGUGGGAUCUUCUUUUGUAAUAAUUAUUUCAUGGAGGAUGCUCUAUUUUAACAAGGAACAAAUAUUCUUCUGAAUGCCAAAUAUGUUAAAUAAAAAUGUUUCUCUGUU